UGUGUAUCAGCCCAGCGGCGGACCGGUGAGUGGAUCUGAUUUGCCGGCAGAACUUACGCUGCGGGACCCCGGGCACUGUUGCUGCUGCGGGAGGUCACCUCCACUUCUAUCAAGGCUUCGCUUCGCCACCCGUGAAGUGGGGUUGACAGUACAGCCUGCCUCACAGGGUUGCUGUGAGGGAUAUAGACCGUGGGCUGUUUAGUGCCAUGCACCCUUUACAGUGUGUCCUCCAAGUGCAGAGGUCUCUGGGGUGGGGGCCAUUGGCCUCUGUGCCUUGGCUGUCACUGAGGAUGUGCAGGGCACACAGCAGUCUCUCUAGUACCACGUGUUCCAGUCCAGAGAGGCAGGAGGAUGGAGCUCCGAAGGAUUUCAGCUCCAGGCUGGCCGCUGGACCGACUUUUCAACAUUUUUUAAAAAGUGCCUCAGCUCCUCAGGAGAAGCUGUCUUCAGAAGUGGAAGACCCACCUCCCUAUCUCACGAUGGAUGAACUUCUUGGAAGGCAGAGAAAAGUCUACCUUGAGACCUAUGGCUGCCAGAUGAAUGUGAAUGACACAGAGAUAGCCUGGUCCAUCUUACGGAAGAGUGGCUACCUGCGGACCAGUAACCUCCAAGAGGCAGAUGUGAUUCUCCUUGUCACGUGCUCUAUCAGGGAGAAGGCUGAGCAGACCAUCUGGAACCGUUUACAUCAGCUUAAAGCCUUGAAGACAAGGCGGCCCCGCUCCCGGGUUCCUCUGAGGAUUGGGAUUCUAGGCUGCAUGGCUGAGAGGUUGAAGGAGGAGAUCCUCAACAGGGAGAAAAUGGUGGAUGUUUUGGCUGGUCCUGAUGCGUACCGGGACCUUCCCCGGCUGCUGGCUAUUGCUGAGUCAGGCCAGCAAGCUGCCAACGUGCUACUCUCUCUGGACGAGACCUAUGCUGAUGUCAUGCCAGUCCAAACAAGCCCCAGUGCCACGUCUGCCUUUGUGUCGAUCAUGCGAGGCUGUGACAACAUGUGUAGCUACUGCAUUGUUCCUUUCACCCGGGGAAGGGAGAGGAGUCGGCCUGUUGCCUCUAUUCUAGAGGAAGUGAAGAAGCUUUCUGAGCAGGGGCUGAAAGAAGUGACCCUUCUUGGUCAGAAUGUUAAUAGUUUUCGGGACAAUUCAGAGGUCCAGUUCAACAAUGCAGUGUCUACCAAUCUCAGCCGUGGCUUUACCACCAACUAUAAAGCCAAGCAAGGAGGACUUCGUUUUGCUCAUCUUCUGGAUCAGGUCUCCAGAGUAGAUCCUGAAAUGAGGAUCCGUUUUACCUCUCCCCACCCCAAGGAUUUUCCCGAUGAGGUUCUGCAGCUGAUUCAUGAGAGAGAUAACAUCUGUAAACAGAUCCACCUACCAGCCCAGAGUGGAAGCAGCCGUGUGUUGGAGGCCAUGCGGAGGGGAUAUUCAAGAGAAGCUUAUGUGGAGUUAGUUCACCAUAUCAGAGAAUCUAUUCCAGGUGUGAGCCUCAGCAGCGACUUCAUUGCUGGCUUUUGUGGUGAGACGGAGGAAGAUCACGUCCAGACAGUCUCUUUGCUCCGGGAAGUUCAGUACAACAUGGGCUUCCUCUUUGCCUACAGCAUGAGACAGAAGACACGGGCAUAUCAUAGGCUGAAGGAUGAUGUCCCGGAAGAAGUAAAAUUAAGGCGUUUGGAGGAACUUAUCACUGUCUUCCGUGAAGAAGCAACAAAAGCCAAUCAGAUCUCUGUGGGCUGUACCCAGCUGGUGCUAGUGGAAGGGCUCAGUAAACGCUCUGCCACUGACCUGUGCGGCAGGAAUGAUGGAAACCUUAAGGUGAUCUUCCCUGAUGUAGAGAUGGAGGAUGUCAAUAACCCUGGGUUCAGGGUCAGAGCCCAGCCUGGGGACUAUGUGCUGGUGAAGAUCACCUCGGCCAGCUCUCAGACACUUAGGGGACAUGUUCUCUGCAGGACCACUCUGAAGGACUCCUCUGCAAAUUGCUGACUUGAGAGGAUGGCCUCAGAGCUGACUUGGGCAGUCCUCCCCAACAGGAAGGGGAGACAUUGCCGGCCGCUGAGGAGAGACGUCAUGAAGCUGUGGAGAUAAGCUGCAAGGGGUGAAGCAACUUUAUGUCAGUGGAAAGCGUGUCUCUUUAAAGCUGCUAUGCGAACAGCUUUUAUAGUCAUUAAAUUUACCUAAACUAAAGUUAA